AUGACUUCUAUCAAUCAUAAAUCGGAUCGUGAGGAGGAAACCGUCUCAUUGUUAUCCACAUCAUCAUCCACAACAACACGAUUCUCAUGGGUUGCCAACAACAAGAAACAACUCUUGUUCAUCAUUUCUCUCAUUCUCGUUCUUUCCAUUCACUUCAUCUACAUGAUUUUGGCAACCAACAAUAAGAAAACCUACGACAAUAAUUUUCACAUUGGCAUGUUUCGUCCAACCUUUUCCAAAAUUACUUCAUUCUUUAGAAAAUAUGUCUUUUCCGAACAUCCUUUAAAUUUUCUGAGUUUUAGAAAAACUGUUCCACAUACACAUCCAUUUGCUUCUGAUUAUUAUUUGGAUAAUCAAAACUCAAUGAGAAGAUUGACUCUUGAAGUGAUGGAUAAGAAUAUUCAAAAUCCUGGAGUGGUAAUUGUGAGUCAGUUAUUUGGCAGGAAUAGACAGGGAGAACAUUAUCAUGAUAUGUUGACGUGUAUUCAAAUUAACUUGUUGAAUCCAUUCAUUUCAGAAUACCAUUUGUUACAGGAAGAUGAUUUCAAUAAUGAUGAUUUGAUGAAUUUGAUAAAUGCCAAGGAGAAGAUCAAGAUUUCAAUUCUUGGUCGUCGUUUAAUGUCUGCUGAUUUUAUGGAAUAUUCUAAUGUGCAUUUGAAGAAUAGAGUUGUCAUAUUGACAAAUACUGACAUUUACUUUGACCACACCUUGGUUCAUGCAAGUAAAUUGAAAUAUGACACUUCAUUAAUUUUGUCUAGAAAGCAAACUUUCAUUACAGAUUAUUUGGAAGGUGAAAAUAGAGAUCACUGUAUUGGUGGUUAUGUGGGAUCACAUGAUGUUUUCAUGUUUAGAACAGAAAGACCAUUCCCUCAAGAUGCCAUCAACAAAUUGAGAAAAGUUCCACUCGGAUACUAUGGUUCUGAAAAUGUCAUUAUUCACCAUGUGGCUAAUAAUAAUGAUUUCAAAUACAAGGUCAGGAAUGCAUGUGAAACCAUUUUCGUAUGGCAUUUACACGAAAAGAGAGGUGGAAAUGGAGGACCACCACCAAGAAUCAAUGAUGACACCAAUACUGGUAUGAUGAGUCCAGGAGAUGUCAUUUAA